AUGGGAUUGGGUUGCAAUUGCAUGGCUCCUCCUUCUCCUACCAUCUCUUCCCUUUUCUCACCCUCCCAAGCUCACCGUUACACUAACCGUUACGGUUACGCUUACAGUUACAGUUACACUUUCCGUUUUCAUCUCCCCACGCGCACUCAAUUCAAUCACACGCCACGCGUCCAACCAAUUUCCACAACUCCUUCGCCUCCUCCUCCUCCGCCGGAGGAAAAGAAAUCCUUCGCCGUCGCCACCGGGGAACUCUUCUUAGGCCUUGCUUCGCGUCUCAUUAAGAGCAGCGGUCCCGCUUCCGAUUCGGAUCCCGUUGCAAUGUUUGAGAAUUCUAAGGAGAGAAUUGGAGCUGUUGUGGAAGAUGAGAUUCAACCUGAUGUGAUUUGGGAGCAGAGAGUGAAAGACGUUGAAGCGGAACGCAAUAGGCGUGUUGUAACUACCCCUGGCUUUAGUUUCUCCGCCGCUGGUCUUCUCUUUCCUUAUCAUCUCGGUGUUGCUCAUUUUCUUAUUCAGAAUGGUUACAUUAAGGAAACCACACCGUUAGCUGGUUCUUCAGCAGGAGCUAUAGUCUGUGCUGUGAUUGCUUCUGGAGCUAGUAUGGAAGAAGCCUUGAGUGCUACUAAAGUAUUAGCUGAAGAUUGUCGAAGUCGGGGGACUGCAUUUCGGCUGGGGGCUGUUCUGCGUGAUAUUCUUCAGGAGUUUUUGCCAGAUGAUAUUCAUAUAAGAUCUAAUGGGAGAAUUCGAGUUGCUGUGACGCAGCUUCUUUGGAGACCCAGGGGUUUAUUGGUGGAUCAAUUUGAUUCUAAGGAAGAUCUCAUCAAUGCAGUUUUUACUUCUUCGUUUAUUCCAGGAUAUCUUGCACCAAAGCUAGCAACAAUGUUUCGAAAUCGAUUAUGCAUAGAUGGGGGUUUGACGUUGUUUAUGCCACCGACAUCUGCAGCACAAACGGUUCGUGUUUGUGCUUUUCCAGCAGGUCUAAUUGGAUUGGAAGGGAUAGGAAUUAGUCCAGACUGUAAUCCCGAGAAUGCGUCUAGCCCUCGUCAGCUUUUCAACUGGGCACUUGAGCCAGCAGAAGAUGUAAUGCUUGACCGGCUCUUUGAGCUUGGAUAUCUUGAUGCUGCUGUCUGGGCAAAGGAAAACCCAGUUGAAAUAAUAGUUCAAGAUGAUACUCCUGCUUCUGCAUUCGGAAAUAGCAUUGCAGAAUAG